CGCUGUGAGGAGCAGCCGGGGGAGGCCGCGACCGCUCGCCGGUGAGUGUCGGGAAGCGCCGCCAUGGCGCUCCGCAAGAAGGGCGGCCGGAACCCGCCGGUCCUGAGCCAGGAGUUCAUUAUGCAGAAUCACGCGGACAUCGUGUGCUGCGUGGGCAUGUUCGUCGUGCUGGGGCUGAUGUUCGAGGGCACGGCGGAGGCGUCCAUCGUCUUCCUGACGCUGCAGCACGGCGUCGCCGUCCCCGCCGCGGAGGGCCCGGCGGCGGGCGGCGCCAGGUCGCUGUACCGCUACGGCGCCCGGGACCUGGCCACGAUCUUCUUCUACACGCUGGUGGCCAUCGUGCUGCACGCCACCAUCCAGGAGUACGUGCUGGACAGGAUCCACCGCCGCAUGCAGCUCGCCAGGGCCGUGCAGGGCAGGUUCAACGCGGCGGGCCAGCUCGGCGUGUUCUGCCUGGUGUCGUGCGUGUGGGGCGCGGCCGUGCUGGUGUCCGAGGACGGCCUGGCCGGGCCCGCGCUGCUGUGGCGCGCGCGGCCGCCCAGCGUGAUGACCUUCCAGAUGAAGCUCUUCUACAUCGCGCAGCUGGCCUACUGGUUCCACGCCUUCCCCGAGCUCUACUUCCAGAAGACCCGCAGGCAGGACGUGCCCGAGCAGCUGGUGUACAUCGGCCUGCACCUGUUCCACGUCACGGGCGCCUACCUGCUCUACCUGAACCACCUGGGCCUGCUGCUGCUCGUGCUGCACUACUUCGUGGAGCUGCUGUCGCACGCCUGCGGCCUCUUCUACUUCGGCGACGACAGCCCCCGCAGGGGGCUCUCCCUGUGGGCCGUCCUGUCCAUCCUGGGCAGGCUGGUGACUCUGAGCGUGUCCCUGCUCACCGUGGGCUUCCACCUGGUUGGCUCGCACGGCCGCAACGCGGACGCCGUGACGGGCAACGUGAACGUGCUGGCGGCCCAGAUCGCCGUGCUGUCCUCCAGCUGCACCAUCCAGGCCUACAUAACCUGGAACCUCAUCACGCUCUGGCUGCAGAGGUGGACGCAGGAUUCCGACCUCCUGGCCUUGCUGAUGGGGAAGAUACGGCUCCUGGCGAAAGGCAAGUCGUCUUCUAAGAAAGGCGCAGAAAACGGAGCAGAAACGUCGCAGAGGGUAGACUCCGCCCCAAGGAGGAAGGAGAAAACCGCAUAGUGAAUUACACGCUCUUUGAUUUCACGUCUCCAAAGGAAUCUGCUCUUCACCAUGAGAUUUCUGCACUAGAGAUUUUUUUCUGUUCUUGAAAAUCGUUUGUGCUCUUUGAUUUUUGCUAUUGUUUAAUGUAUUUUUUAAAAGACAUUUGAGGGGAGGGUGAUGAUGAUGGGGGGGAGAACAUUUUGGUUAAGACUAAGCUACUCCAUCUAAGAAGUGUCAAAGUAGUUUAGGGAUCACCACCAUAUUUUGUUUGGAUUUUUUAACUUUGACCCUUUGAUUUUUGCUAUUGUUUAAUGUAUUUUUUAAAAGACAUUUGAGGGGAGGGUGAUGAUGAUGACCAGGGGGGAGAAAACAUUUUGGUUAAGACUAAGCUAUUCCGUCAAAGUUGUGUCAAAGUAGUUUAGGGAUCACCACCAUAUUUUGUUUGGAUUUUUUUUAACUUUGAAUAUUUUCCUAAUGAUUUACCAGAGAUAACUGUAAGAUUUCCUCUAUCAGUGAUACGAUUUCUUGCUCUCACCAAUCAAGGUCAUGUUUGUAAUGUUCUUUUUCAGGGUAAAAUGGAAAUACUACAAUGGUGGAAGUCAAAUCAGUAUUCUCUAAUUGUUAGAAUUUUUUUUUAAGAGUUUACGUUUCAGAAAAAGAUUUGUAAAACCAACAAAAUAAUCGUGUGCUUUACUUUAUAUGUAGUGAUUGUUAGUGCUACAUCCUCAUUUUUCAAAAACAUAGUACUAAUGGGAAACAGAAAUUUACUGCCAUAUACAUCAAAUAAAAAUAUUUUUAAUUUAUAUAAAAGUAUUACUGAAGAGGUAAAAAUCAUUCCUGUCCAUUCUAAACACUUGUAAAUGGGAAUUAAUAAAAUUAAAUAUUACUUUGAAAAAGAAAUCAGACUUAAAUAGUCUUUUUU